UUCCGAGAGCGUUAGAGCCUGUGCGGAGGUGGGACUGAGCGCUUCGUCUCUGCGGCUCGGCAUCCGGUACACCGGCUCGGCCGCGGCGGAGCCUCCUUUAAAGAAGGCGCCCAAGGGUUGGCAGGUUCGGUUGCAGCCCGGCGAGCGGCGACAUCAGGCAGGAGUCAUGAGCGACAGCGGCGAGCAGAACUACGGCGAGCGGGUUAAUGAUGAAGAAGGAAAAUGCGGAAGUCGUCAUUUGACAAGUUUUAUAAAUGAGUAUUUGAAGCUCAGGAAUAAGUGAAGCUGAAAUUUGAAAAAAUAAAAGAAUGCAUGCUAAUUAUCAGACCAGAAGUCCCACUUGUAGAAUAUUGAGCAAUUUGUGUGAAGUGGGGAAGAUGAAAGAAGUCAGAAUUUGAAACGGAAGAAUGAAGAAAAGAAAUAAAAAUGAAGUUAAGAUAAGAAGUAAUCUGGAAUCAGAAAGCACUACGCUAAGAAUCCCGUUCUGCUUCCAGAAGUGGAAGUGCACACGGAUCGGGGAAAUCUGCAAGGCAUACCCCUGCAAGGUCUCGCUCCAAGGAAGAUUCCAGGCGGUCCAGAUCAAAGUCAAGGUCCAGAUCUGAAUCUAGGUCUAGAUCUAGAAGAAGCUCUCGGAGACAUUAUACAAGGUCACGGUCUCGAUCCCGCUCCCAUAGACGUUCCCGUAGCAGGUCUUAUAGCCGAGAUUAUCGCAGACGGCACAGUCACAGUCAUUCUCCUAUGUCUACUCGAAGGCGUCAUGUUGGCAAUCGGGCAAACCCUGACCCCAACUGUUGUCUUGGCGUGUUUGGUUUGAGCUUGUACACCACAGAAAGAGAUCUCAGAGAAGUAUUUUCUAAAUACGGCCCCAUUGCGGAUGUGUCCAUUGUAUAUGACCAGCAGUCUAGGCGUUCCAGAGGAUUUGCCUUUGUGUAUUUUGAAAAUGUAGAUGAUGCCAAGGAAGCUAAAGAACGUGCCAAUGGAAUGGAACUUGAUGGGCGUAGGAUAAGAGUUGAUUUCUCUAUAACAAAGAGACCACAUACCCCAACACCAGGAAUUUACAUGGGAAGACCUACCUAUGGCAGCUCACGUCGCCGUGAUUAUUAUGAUAGAGGCUAUGAUAGAGGCUAUGAUGAUCGGGAUUACUACAGCAGAUCAUAUAGGGGCGGAGGUGGUGGAGGAGGUGGAUGGAGAGCUGCACAAGACCGGGAUCAAAUUUACAGAAGAAGGUCGCCUUCUCCUUACUACAGUCGAGGAGGAUACAGGUCACGUUCCCGAUCUAGAUCCUAUUCACCACGCCGAUAUUAAAGCAUGAAGUUGGAAACUUUCUGAAACCCGCCAUAGAGCCUGGAGUAUUGUUUGUUGACAAUAUUUUUUAUUGUCUCCUCUUUAAAAAGUGAACAGUGCCUAGUGGAGUUAGGUGACUUUUACACCUUUUAUGAUGACUACUUUUGGUGGAGUUGAAAUGCUGUUUUCAUUCUGCAUUUGUGUAGUUUGGUGCUUUGUUCAAGUUCAAAGUUAAGUGUUUUCAGAAAAGUAUGUUUUGCAUGUAUUUUUUUACAGUCUAAAUUUUGACUGCUAAGAAGUUUCUAUUGUACAAAACUUCAUUUAAAAGGUUUUUCUACUGAAUCCAGGGUAUUCUGAAGAUCGAAGCCUGUGUGUAAAUGUUACCAAAUGGCAAAAAGCAACAAUAAACAGUUUGAUUUUUACUUUUCUUUCUAAUAUAUCAAUGCUGAGGAAACCCAGAAUAAGUUGUCAGUAGUAAAUUUAAAGGCAAAAUACCUGUUUUCCUCCAGUCCAUGAAACAUACCAUAUUUAAUAUACCUGCAACUGUU